GGUUGGCCGGGUCGGCUGGGGAUGCGCUCCGGACUGUCCCCAAGAUGAAGGGGACCAGGGGCGGGGCCGGGUAGAGCCAGACUCAGAGGACGCAGCGCCUCUGCGCACUUUCUCCUCAGCGCCUUCCUAAAGGAGAGGUCGGAGCAAAGGGCUCCUGGGCCCGAACUCGCGGAGGGCCAGGAGACAAGAUGUCAUCACAGUUUUUGCAGGCUCCAGUGAAUUUUGAAGAUAAUGUAAAGGAUGACUCGACCAAAAAGGACAACCCUUAUAAGAUCUUUUUCCAAGAUCUCUUUCUUUACAAAGAAAAUGAAUUGGCAGCAAAGAAAAAGGAAAAACUUUUGAACCGUAGCAUGAAAGUCCACCAGAAGACCACUUUGUCAUCCCAAAUGAAGAGCCGCUCACACCUGAGCCAAAUAGCUUUCCACUCUGACACAGCAGGUGUCUCCUUCGAAAAACUGGGGCUGGACCCGAUGCUCAUUCUGAAAUUAACAGAAAGUGCAGACACGAAAAGGACUCUCCAUGAAUUUAUUAGUGACCAGAGAGACAGGUUUCUGAUGGAGUACACUCUGUCCACCAAGAGAAACACAAUUAAAAGACUUGAAAAACACAUAGCUGUAAAGGAAAGGCAGCUCAAAAACGCAGAACAAAAGCUCCAAGAUGACACACUUGCCUUCGAAGAGUUCCUUCGAGAAAAUGACCAGCAAUCUGCAGAUGCUAUGAAGAUUGCAGCACAAGAAACUAUCAGCAAACUCCAAAUGACAGCCGAGCUGAAGACAGCCAGCAUGGAGGUGCAGGCAAUGAAGAGUGAUAUAGCAAACACAGAGUUCCUCCUUCGGGAGUACAUGAAAUACGGGUUUUUUCUGCUGAAACUGUCUCCAAAGCACUGGCAAAUCCAGCAAGCACUGAAAAGAUCACAGACAUCAAAAAUUCAUUCCCUUCUUCCAAAACUCUUAGCAAAAUCCCCAUUAAGUCCAAGUAUAAUAGACAGUGGUACUGGAAGUCCCGAGAAGAUGAUACUACUUUCAGAUGACUCAACCGGAAGGAGGAGCCAAGGAAAGCAACUCAAGAAGCCCAGUUUCAAUUCAGAAGAUAGGAGAUCACCUUUAUCCAACCAGCCCGAAAGUAUCGGUUCUGAUGACAGCCUGGAAUUCUUUUUAGAUGACAACAUGGACUUUGAUCUGCUGCCGGAGCUCUAUUUCAAGGAACCAGAAGAGUUACUUCAGGUCCUCACACAGCUGGAAGAACAGAAUCUGACUUUGGUUCAAUAUUCCCAGGAUGUAGAUGAGAAUCUCGAAGAGGUAAACAAAAGAGAAAAAGUUGUACAAGACAAAAUAAAUAGCAACAUCGAGUUUCUGCUGGAGCACAAAGAAAUGCUGAAGGCUAACUGCUUGCGAGAAGAGGAAAAGGCAGCUGAAUUAGAACUGCGCUCCCGGCUCUUCAGUUUUGGAGAAUUUAAUUCAGAUGCCCAGGAAAAACUGAUAGACUCGCUUAGUAAAAAAAUUAAUCAAGUGUACAAAGUCUGCAUUGGCGAUGGUGAGGUCGGCAGCCUGAACCCAGUUCAAAAGCUGGUCAAAGUCGAGUCCCGCCUGGUGGAGCUGAGCGACCUCAUCGAGUCCAUCCCCAAGGAAAACGUGGAGGCAAUCGAGAGGCUGAAGCAGAAGGAGCGGCGGCAAAAGUUGCGUGAAGAGAAAAUCAAGGAAAAACAAAGAUACCAAGAAGAAAGGCUAAAAGCUGCUCUGGAAAGGGCCGUAGCACAACCAAAGAAAAAGGUGGGAAGACGACUUAUCUACCGUUCGAAACCUCCAUCUGGUAACAAACACAAAACGCUUCUGGUCAGUGAUUCGAGAACAAAAUCACAGGAGGAAGAUUUUUUUUUCAGUUGA